UACUUAUGGUCCAUCCAUCCACAUGCAACUUAGAUCCCUCCUCCACCGCCAACGCCAACGCCCGCCGCCACAUGGACAGAGCAGCAUACUCAACCCCGAGCUCCAUCCCACCGGGCUAUUCCCGUGGGCCCCACGGCGAGUAACCAACCCGUUUUCGGGACAGGCCCUUCCAUUGGCGCUUGGGCGCCCUCCUUUGGGGGGCCGCGGCACGGUGAUAGACGGCUCCGAGUCCAGACGAAAGAGCGAGAGGGCGCCCGCAGACAGACCGAACGCUCAGAGAGAAGGGGGACAUGGGAAAAAGUGGCUCGGAAUCCACAAACCCCCUCCCCCUUCCCCUUCCCUUCUCUGAGAGGCAGCGGAGUCGGACCGCCGAGGGCCAUUCCCGUGAAUCAUCCUGGGCGCUUUGCUGCACGCGUGGAGUCUGGUCGGUCGCUUUUUCUCCGACCCGUCUUCUUUGUCACGGGCUAAACGAGGUAAACAGGCAAGGUGGAAAGAGGGCGCACGCGCCGUCGUUUGCAAUACGUAUGUAGUAACCGUAGAAAAAAAAAAUGCCGGCCUAGAGACUUGGUGUUUUUUAUUAAAAACUCUCGGUCUUCUUCUGCCCGCCCUUCUCUCGUUCCUGAUAGUUGUCCCCGUCUUUAUCUGUUCUUUUGACGUUGUCGUCGACGACGACGAGAAAAAUCGGCCCCCCUCGGUUGGUUCUCUCGUAUCGCAUCGUUUUUGCGUAACCAACAUACAUACAUUCACCCCCGCGUUGCGAACCGUUUUCUCCGCCACUUUGCCUGAGUGAACGGGGAAAAGUGGCGAGUCUUUGUUUGCUUGCUUGCUUGCUAUCGCUCAGGCGGCAGGCAGGAGGGGUGAGUGAGCUUGAGUUGAGUGCAUGUGAGGGACCGGGGGCGGUUCGGAGGUCCAGUUGAGUCGUGGAGAGGACCGUCACCACCUUCUUGCGGCUCGACUCCCGAGAUCGAUUGGAGAGAAGGAAAGGUUAGAGCCAGAAAGAACUCGACUUUCCCCCCCGCCACGUGCAUUAUAGUAUAUACGUUUGUAUACUUUGCACCCUCUUGCCGCGGACAUGGAGUCCAACACGCCGACGGGCGACGACAAGCCGGCACCGGCCCCGGCACCGGCACCGGGCCAUCACGGCGGCCAUGCCCCCGGCAGCAACCAGACGAGUCCCCCCGACGAUGGUCCGGCCGCGGCCGUGGAAAAGCACAGUGGCCAGUACGGUGCCGGCCGAGCCAGAGCUGGUGAUGGUGGUGAGGCGGACGAUGAGAAGAAGGGGGGCGAUGUCGACGUGACCCUCGACGCCCGGCCGGUCAACGACAACAACGACGACAACGACGGCUUCCACGAACCGUCGGUCAUGCGGGCCGUCGACGGCACCGCCAACGGGGACGAUGAUGGUAGCAACCCUCAAAACAACAACAACCCGCCGCCGCCUCCCAACGGCGGCUACGGCUGGGUGUGCACCGCCUGCGUCGCCACCAUCAACGCGCACACCUGGGGCCUCAACUCGUCGUACGGCGUCUUCCUCGCGCACUACCUCGCCACCGACUCCUUCCCCGGCGCGACGCCCCUCGACUACGCCUUCGUCGGCUCCCUCAGCAUCAGCUGCGCGCUGCUGUGCUCGCCGCUCGCCACCGUCUGCACGCGCGAGUUCGGCACCAAGCCCACCAUGCUGGCCGGCGUCGUCAUGGAGACGGCCUCGCUCAUCUGCGCCAGCCUCGCCACCCGCAUCUGGCACCUCUUCCUCACCCAGGGCGUGCUCUUCGGCCUCGGCAUGGGCUUCCUCUUCACCCCCUCGGUCGGCAUCGUGCCCCAGUGGUUCAGCACCCGCCGCUCCCUCGCCAACGGCUUCUCCGCCGCCGGCUCCGGCAUGGGCGGCCUGCUCUACUCCUUCGCCGCCGGCGCCAUGAUCCGCAACCUCGGCAUCGAGUGGGCGUUUCGCAUCCUCGGCGUCCUCGCCUUCGUCGUCAACACCACCUGCACCCUGCUCGUGCGUGACCGCAACAAGAUCAUCGGCUCCAGCCAGCUCGCCUUUGACACCUCGCUCUUCCGCCGCCCCGAGUUCCUGCUGCUGCUCGCCUUUGGCUGGUUCAGCAUGCUGGGCUACGUGGUCCUCAUCUUCAGCCUCGCCAACUACGCAAACGAGAUUGGCCUCGGCGCCUCGGAGGCCGCCCUCAUCAGCGCCUUCUUCAACCUCGGCCAAGGCGUCGGCCGGCCCUUUGUCGGCUACUUCAGCGACCGCACCGGGCGCAUCAACAUGUCGGCGCUCAUGACGCUGCUGGCCGGCGUCUUCUCCCUGGUCAUCUGGGUCAACGCAAAGGUCUACGGGGUGCUCAUCUUCUUCGCCAUCAUCUGCGGCGCCGUCGCCGGCACCUUUUGGACCACCAUCGGCCCCGUCACCGCCGAGGUCGUCGGCCUCAAGCACGUCCCCUCGGCCCUGAGCUUGGUGUGGCUGACCAUCAUGCUGCCCUGCCUGUUCAGCGAGCCCAUCGCGCUGCAGAUUGUCGCCGGCACCGGCAGCUACCUGGGCACCCAGCUCUUCACCGGCUUCAUGUUCGUCGCCGCCGCCACGUGCCUGAUGGUGCUGCGUGGUUGGAAGAUCGGCCAGGUCCGCGAGGUGGCGCGCCUCAUCAACGAGGCGCCCGAGCACAUCGACCCCGUCAAGGUCGAGAACAACGACGAGUACAGCGCCCGCAGCCGCAAGGUCGGGCGCAAGCGCAUGCUCGCCGACUGCUACCGGCGCGAGAGGGUGUGAGGGGGCCGCAAAGAUGCUUGCGCUCGCCCCCGCGGCCCCUGUGUAACGACCAACGGCGACGAACGGCGACGAACGAACGACGACGGGGCGUUUUCCCUCUUCCCCUCGGUGCGUUGGUGGCGCGCGGCGGCGCUUGAACCGUCAGCGUUCGAGUCGGGAACACCACGGACGGAGGCGGAAAGGGAGGAGGUUUCAAGGACGAAGCGCGGGGUCACGCAGGCCUUUGUCGGUUCUUCGCGCAGGUGGGCUGUCUCGGGGAGCCGCGCCGGUUGCGUCAACUCGGCAUAUUUGAAAAGAACGCAUGCACUCUUUGCACAUGGAGCGAGCAUGGGUCAUGGGCGUUUGAUUGGCGUUGGAGCAUGAGGCUUUGUGACACAUACAAGCAUGCAUACAGU